CAGGUAGGAGGUGGGGGGAGGCGGAAGUGAACUCUCGCGAGAAGAGGCGGUUGCUGUAGCGGAGCUCUCUGGCUGUGUGUCUCGAGGAUCUGGCGCCGGAGCUGCGGACGGUUUGCUGAGCCCGUUAGUGUCCUUGCUGAGACCCACGCCGCCGUCAUGUCCCGGUACCUGCGUCCCCCCAACACGUCUCUCUUCGUAAGAAACGUGGCGGACGAUACCAGGUCUGAAGAUUUACGACGCGAAUUCGGUCGUUAUGGUCCUAUAGUUGAUGUGUAUGUUCCACUUGAUUUCUACACUCGCCGUCCAAGAGGAUUUGCAUAUGUUCAAUUUGAGGAUGUUCGUGAUGCAGAAGAUGCUUUACAUAAUUUGGACAGAAAAUGGAUUUGUGGACGCCAAAUUGAAAUACAGUUUGCACAGGGGGAUCGAAAGACUCCAAAUCAGAUGAAAGCCAAGGAAGGGAGGAAUGUGUAUAGUUCUUCACGCUAUGAUGACUAUGACAGAUAUAGACGUUCUAGAAGCCGAAGUUAUGAAAGAAGGAGAUCAAGAAGUCGUUCCUUUGAUUACAACUAUAGAAGAUCUUAUAGCCCUAGAAACAGUAGACCGACUGGAAGACCACGGCGUAGCAGAAGCCAUUCCGACAAUGAUAGAUUCAAACACCGAAAUCGAUCUUUUUCAAGAUCUAAAUCCAAUUCAAGAUCACGGUCCAAGUCCCAGCCCAAGAAAGAAAUGAAGGCUAAAUCACGUUCUAGACCAAACUGCAGCUGGAAUACCCAGUACAGUUCUGCUUACUACACUUCAAGAAAGAUCUGAGAAAGCGGAAAAAGAACCAAAGAAGGGCAGUUCAAGCGACCAAAGGGUGGGUGGAAGGUGCUGCAGUAUGAAUACUGUACGAAUAUUUUGACUCUGGUCUGAAAAGAUAAAAGAAUGUUAUCGAAACUACAUGGAAUAAUUGAAGUCCCUUCAAGUUUGAAAGUAAGCCUUUUAGGACAAAUAAAAGGAAAUUCAACUUUGUACUUGUGGAAACUAAUCCCUAAAUCUGAAUAGGUUUAUAUUGAUUCAUGGGUAACAGGUCCAUGUUAAAUUGGAAACUAGGAUGUUUGAAUAUCAAGGAAGACAGCCAUAGUCUCUUACAGUGCCUCUAUUGGUCUGUCUCAAACUGAAUUGGGUGAGAAAAGGUAUGGUCCAAUAUAAACUUGCUUAUCUCUUAAAGUCAGUUCUGUUUUUGCUAUUGGCAAAUCUUGCCUUUGUUUAUUCCAGUGCCAGUGUUUUCUGCUUAAUGGUUUGCUUUGUUGGCAUCUGAGUUUCCUUACUUGUAUGCCACAUGCGGUUUACAUCUUCCUUAAACACUCUCCCACAUAAAUUCCAAUUAUACUUGACAUCCAGCUAAGAGGGUCCAUCUCUUCUCACCUCUUUCCUAGUCAGUAUAUUCAGCAAACAUUUACUGAGCCCUUACUGUGGGCAAAAAUUGUACUGGGUAAUUGGGGAGAAAAAUAGAUAAAAUUCACUUAUUCAAUAAAUGUCUACUGAGCACAAUCUAGUGAAUCAUUACAGUGUGGCCUCACUGUUUUGUUUGAGGUGUAUUAUUCAUAACUAUUUUACACCAUUUAUAUCCUAUGUAAUUAUAAAACCCAAUAUACUAUCAAAUAUAAGUAAUUUUGUGGUUAUUUGCCAUUUAAAAGUAUCCAGUAUUUGUUUUCAUCCCAUUAAUACAAAUAAUGAAAAAAUGAUAUGUUUUAAUCUGUAAUAAACUGAUUUAUUGUGCAGUGACUGUAAUAUACUAGAGUUAUAUAUAAUUGUUAACUCUGCCUCCUCAAACACGUUAGGAAACAAUCCCCAAAAAUAUUUAACUUUGCAUCAGAUGUAAAGGAGACUCUGGGUGCUAUAAUUAGAUUAUUUUGAGGCAGAUAGCUGUUAUUCCCAACUGAUUUAGUAUGUUCUGUAAUUGAGAAAAUGUUCACCAAAUAUACUUUCUAGCGAUUUACAUGUACAUUUUAUAGGGGACAUGUUCUGUGUAUAGUGAAUAAAUAACUUUUAUAGUAUCACAAAAUGUUUUGGAUUCCUUAGUUCCUUAUUAGGAUAUGAAGUUUAUCUAUACAUUGAUUUCAUCACUUGCAUAUUUGGUUUUUGUCUUUAUUUCUGCCACAUUUAAAACUUUGUGUAAAGUUACUCAUCUAAAAAUACAGACGUGUUUAAGCCUUUAAUUUAUAAAGAUUUUGAAAAUAUAGAAUAUACCUAAGGGAGAUAUGAAACGGAGGUAUUUUUACCCGUUUUAAUUUUUCAAACUUGCCCGAGAUCACACAGCAAGUAAGUGGCAGAUACUAGAUAAGUGUCCAAGGUUUUUCAUUUGGUUCAUCUUUUUUUUUCUUUUUUACAAAUGGGGAAAUUUUAUAACAAUACAAUUAAUAUAAUGGAAUCUAGAGUUCACUUAGAGGGAAGAUUUAAUAGAUUUAUGAAAAUUAUUUAAUUACAAAAAGUAUUUGUAACCUUCUUGGAUGGAAAAGGGGUUAAAUGUAAUCUAAGAUCUCAACAGCUGUUGACUCACUUUCCAGCCUGGCUUUCCAAAUUUCAAUCUCGUGUUGCAUUUUGACCAUAUUCCUGUUUACAAAAUCCUGAGAUAAUUUUGAAGGGGAGGCUGUGACAGGAAUAAAAUAAGUGUUCAACUAGGCGGUCUAUCAGAGCUUUUAGGAGUCCCAGGAGUGAAUUGUCCUCACUGAUGAAAGAAGUCAGCAACCUUUCCAUCUUCAACUACUGACAUCUAUAAGACAUAGCUAGCUGCUAUGGAAAAGGAUCUUUUUUGGGGGGGUUUCCCUUUGUCCCUUCCUCCAGCAGUGUCAGUUAUGUUUAUUGUGUUGCUUCUAUGUAUUCCUAAGAGUUGUUUCACCCUUAUGUUAAAGAUGGGGGAUUCCUUUUUUAUUUGGAGUACAAAGCAAGGCAUGUAAAUUCAUUUUGUUGAUAAUUGACAGAGUAGUUUGUAAAGAAGUAAAAGGCCUUUGUGUCGUUUGUUGUAGAGCACAUCUCUGAAUGCUAGAUAAUUAAAUAAACUGGUCUAGGAUCCAAAAAAUCUUGGAUUUUUUUUUUUUUUUAGGUUUAGUUCUGCCUGACAGAUUUGUGGCUCAGUAGGCUUUCCUCAUUUGUGUAAGAGGUUUGAGAUGUACUCUAUCCCACUUGGUUUACGAAGUAAUUGCCUAUGAGACAAUUAAACACUAGAAAACUAGUGUUUUCCUUCAGUUAUUUUCCACCUUGUGCUUCGGGGAUGAAGAGAAUUUACCAGAACUGAAGUGUAAAGAUAGGUUAUGGGCUCAAGAUUCCAUUGUACUAUAUACGCUGCCAUCAAAAAGGUAUGACAAGUUUAAAUUGUAACACUGACAAGGCUCAUGCUAUGGCUGACUGCAGCCCUACAGGGUAGAUGAGCUCUAACAACUUUUUGGUUCUUACAAGUACGAUUUGAGAAACUCAUGUCAACCAUACUUCCUGUACGCUAACCAUAACUUUAUUAGUACCUUUCUAAGGUAUGAGAUAUAAAAUACGAUUAUUAACUUUUUAAGUUAACCGUAGCUAUUAAAAAUUUUUGUAGUUAAAGCCAUUGUGCUCUUAAUUCUCUGAACACUUUUACCACUGGAGUCAGUCCCAAACCAGAAAUCUAGUAUAUACUGUAUUUACAUGUAUACAUCAAAACCUAACAUAAAGAUGCUUGGGAUGAAAAUUGUUGAAUCGAGCGGGAUUCCAGUGCAGUACUGCAAAGAACUGGGCAAUUCUUGCCACUGUUAAUAGAAAUUACACUGGGAAUAAACAGGAAAAAAAGACUCAUUAUUUCUGCCAAAUCAAUUUCUUCCGACAGUUUGCAUGAGAAAAUACAACCUGGCUCUGGGAUUCACUGCUUGCUUAGUGUAGAAAUUAAAAGAUUUUUCUUGAACUAGUUUGAGUUAUCCUAUCAUUUGGAACGUAUUUUAGAAAGCC